GGUCACCUCCAUUUUUUCCCCCCCUUCAUGCCUCUGCAGUCUGAUCUUUGAACCCGAUCCAGCUCCGACAGUCCUCAUAGAUCCACUCAGAGCUCAUCAGGAGACACACUGCUGCUCCCCAAAAAAUAAGUUAAUCAGGUUCUGAGGGAGGGUGAAAACAUGAAAGGGACAAAGGCGAUUCCUGCUCCCGGCUGAGCCAUGGAUCUGAUUGUGGACUGCCUACAAAUUGCAGGGACAUCCUGAUGUCUGUGUUCUGAGUGAAGCAGCUUUCCAGAGGAGCAGAAGAGAAAAAAGAAGCAGAUUAGUUCACUGAAGCCAAAAUGUUUAAUUUAAGAUGUUUUAUUGGGUGCGUUUUGAUUUUUAUUCCAAAGUCCCAGAGUGUGCGUGUGGUCGGCGGGGAUGGACAAGGGUUCCUGGAGAAUAUUUUACACUUUUAUGGGGAGAAUUCAUCCAUCACAACGGAGAAUCUGGAUGAUUUACUGCUGCUAAUCUCAGCCAGGAGGUCUGAGUCAAUAACUGAAGGAAACCCGCUGGCAAACAAAGAGUGUCCCUCAGCCGAGGAGAUCUUGUCCCACUUUGGGUUCAGUAAUGUCAGUCAGCUGACUGUGGGACAUCUUGGGGAGAUCUGCCCCGCUCUGUUGACCCAGGUGCUGCUGCCCUCCUGCCCCUACGUCACUCCCACGCCCAAGCCCCCUCUGGACUACACUGUGUGGGGUUACGGGUUUCUGGCGGUCACUGUGAUCAACCUGGCGUCUCUGCUCGGUCUCCUGCUGAUCCCCUUCACCAAGAAGUCCUACUUCCCCAAAGUGCUGACCUACUUCAUCGGCCUGGCCAUCGGGACCCUCUUCUCCAACGCUGUGCUUCAGCUCAUACCAGAGGCUCUGGGUUUUGAUCCCAAAACUGAUAACUACGUGGCGAAUGCAGUCGGAAUAUUUGGAGGGUUUUACAUCCUUUUCUUCAUGGAGAAGGUCCUGAAAAUGGCUCUCGGGGUAGAGCAUGAGCAUGGCCACAGCCACUUCACUCCUGCUGAGCCACUUCAAGAAAACUCCCUCCACAACGGAGACAUACUGGAAAAAAAGGACUCCAUCGUUUUGACCAGCAUCAGCACCAUCGCCACAGACAAGAGCAGCCCGAACCCAGAACCCCUAAGUCCUAUCGUGACACCUUCUCAGGAAGUGCAGGCGUCUGCCGUGAUGUGCUACUGGCUGCGUGGGCAACGCAUCUCCAACAUCAAGACGGUGGCGUGGAUGAUAACUCUGAGCGACGCGCUGCACAACUUCAUUGACGGUUUAGCCAUCGGUGCCUCGUUCACUGUGUCGGUACUGACCGGGUUCAGUACGUCCACCGCCAUCGUAUGUGAGGAGUUUCCCCAUGAGCUGGGUGACUUUGUUAUCCUGCUGAAUGCUGGUAUGAGCGUCCCACAAGCCAUUUUCUUCAACCUGCUGUCAGCGGUGUCGUGUUACGUCGGUCUCGUCUUUGGCAUCCUGCUCGGGAGCAACUUUGCCCCAAAUGCAAUCUUCGCCAUCGCAGGAGGAAUGUUCCUGUACAUUGCGUUGGCAGACAUGUUCCCGGAGAUGGACAGCAUAGCACGGGAAGAGAAGCGGACCUCCACCAAGAUCAUCUUCUUCCUGAUCCAGAAUGCUGGGCUGCUCACCGGGUUCACCAUCAUACUGCUGAUCACCAUGUUCGCGGGCGACAUCAACCUGGGCUAGAAAGGGGGAGGGAAGACGGAGGCAGACAAAACUGGAAAGAAAAAUAAAUAAAUAAAGGAGCUGCUUACGUCUCUGCUCACUCGGCUGGGCGGGAACGUGAAUGUAACAUUUUGUACAAAACAAAACAAUGCUUUUAUAUGCUAAUUUAGGGGAGCGUUUACUCCGUAUAAGAAGGGAAGAUUUUUUACAAUCAUUUGAUGUAUGAACUCUAGUCAAAUUUGUUUUAAGGAGACAAUAAAUUAUUUUUUCAGUCUUCA